AUUUGUUUAUUUUAGACCUGAUGGAAGUGAAUGAAGACAAACUUCAUCAGUUUCAAAAACCUCAUUAUUUCACAAAUGAAGAUGGAAAUGCAGUCGUUUCAAAGACUGAAGAGAAUUUCACACAGAAACAAGCUGGAAAAUCUGGAGUCGAUGGAUCUUUAACCUGUUCUGAGUGUGGAAAGAGUUUCGUAUGUAAAUCAAACCUGAACACACACAUGAAGAUUCACACUGGAGAAAGGCCUUAUACAUGCACUCAGUGUGGAAAGGGAUUUAUUCGCAAAGGAUACUUAAAUGAUCACAUGAGAAUUCACACUGGAGAAAAACCGUUCACUUGCUCUCAGUGUGGAAAGCGUUUCGGUUACAAAAACGCUCUCAAAGAUCAUCUGCGCCAUCACUCUGGAGUGAGAUCAUUCAGCUGUGAUCGGUGUGAUAAAACAUUUGUUUUUAAAUCAAACUUUAGAUCACACCUUAAAGUUCAUUCUGCUGUGAAGCCUCACUUUUGUUCUGUAUGUGGGAAGAGUUUUUCACAUCUUGGAUCUUUAAAAGACCAUGAGCGUAUUCAUACUGGUGUAAAACCUUAUGUGUGCUCUGACUGUGGAAAGACCUUCACUUCAUCCAGCAACUUAAAAUCCCACCAGAGAGUUCAUACUGGAGAGAAACCGUACAAGUGUUCACACUGUGAAAAGAGUUUCACUUAUUCAGGAAACCUGAAAGUUCAUGAGAGAGUUCAUACUGGAGAGAAACCGCACCAGUGCUCUUCAUGUGAGAAGACUUUCAGCCAUUUAUAUAGUCUACAGAAACAUAAGAAAAAGCAUUGCCUGAAGGUGUCUAAGUGAUCAAAGUUCACUUCCAUAACUUGUAAAUAAGCAAAAGA